ACAGCUAUGCAUUAUCAGAGUGACUUAGUAGUUGUGAAGAUGUCGUCAACAUGUGAAUCAAUACCGGUACUUUAUAUUAAAGCAUACAAUAACUUUGAUGUUGGUUUUAAAAUUGGAAAUACAUUCAAGCAUUUUAUACAAGAGCAUGUAAAGACCAAAACAGCGAAACUACUAUAUUCCUUCUACAAAACUGAAGAAGGAAGAAAGCUGUAUAAUGCAGCUGUCGAAACAACGGAGAGAUGUUAUCCUCAUAUUGUGGAAGAAAUUAGGGGAAUGGCCGAAGGAUCAGGCGUGUCAUUCGAAAGACUGUUUCUACAGGAUAUGGUUUCGGAGAUAAUUUUGAACCAUUCGAACAAGACAAAGGACAAAGAAAUUGACCAAGACAUCGAAAUUGCUGGAUGUACAGACAUAAUGGUGAAUACAUCAGAUUGUAGAAUUCUUGCACAUAAUGAAGACUGGGGAACGGAGGUUGAAAACAUGAUGUAUAUGGUCGAUGUAGAUCUAGACAAAAGCGCAUUAUGUAAAGUUGACAACAGUAAAAACAUAAAAAAAAAAACAAGAAACUAUAAACCAGGUAACUGCAAGACGAAACGAAAGGUAUCUCGCAUGCAUAUUUCCAGGGUAUCUUGCUGGGAAUACAUUUUAUGUCAAUAAAACAUUUGCCGUAUCAAUUGAUUCUCUCGUGCCAAAGAAAGUAAAUCAUGGUGCUGUUCCAGUUGAUAUACUUCUCCGUGCCUUAAUUGGAUGUGAAAGUAUAGAAGAGUGUGUCGCUGUUAUGAAGAACGAUCCUAUAGGCUGCUCAUAUGGAAUAAACAUCAACAUUGCAAGCAGAAAGUCAGACGAUAUGUGGACGUUGGAAGUCUAUCCAGAUAAUGAUAUAACAGUCGUGGAUGUGCAGCACAUUUCAUAUUCAAACAGCGUCAAUAGAGACUCGUACUACGUACAUACAAAUUAUUACAAGCAUGUUAACGAUGCGGAGGAAACACCAGGAUUAGACGGUUCAAAAGCUAGAGAAGCAACUGCAAGUCAAAUGUCUGUACCAACAUGUCUCCAAGACGUCUGUAAUAUUUUGGGAGAUACGUCCAGUACGAUAGAGCCCAUCUACCGAACACCUGGGAGCAGCUUUAAAAGUAAAAAUGUUGCAACGAUCGCAUCUGCAGUGUUUGAUAUGAAUGAAAGCGUUCUUUGUGUUUAUCUUACGAAUCCGAAAACUGCGAAACGUCCAUGUUUAUCUUUGCCAUUUGUUCAAUAACUUUAUAUUUUAUUCCAAAUGUAGUUGUCAUUUCUCUUACUUUGUGAACAGUUACAAAAUACUGAAUACAGGCCCGGUUCCAGACAUAUUUGAUCGGAAGGAUGGGGUGGGGGCAAUAGUUGUGAACGAAGCUCAAAAUGCCGGGUGGGGGUAGAUAUAGGAGGGGGAGGGGGGUCUCCCAUCAUUGUAGGGGGAUCAGGAGGUCUGUCCCUAGAAAACUUUGAAAUAUAGGUAUGGAAUGGCGGCCUCUGGUGCAUUUUUGGAUCUGACUGUUUAGAAAUAUUAUUUCUUACUUCGAUGAGUAUAGGUCACUUCUCAGCCAACUGGUUGUGUGUGUUGGGGUUGGGGGAGGGGAGCAUGGACCCCCUGGACCUGGGCCUGAAAUAUUACAUACAUACAUGUACAUUGUACCAGCUUAGGAAUAAAUAUUUCAUAAACCUA